GGCGUCUUAGUAUCGUAAACAAAUGGAUUGACUGAGGAAGAAUAAUCCGGUUUAGAUCAUUAAUUGUGAGGUUAGAAUGUUAAACCUUUGACAUGAUGAAUGCGAAAGUAAAAUCUGUGCUGAAUAGUUCAGUACCGAGCUCAUUAGGUCAGCCUGUAGGGGUGUUUCCAGUCAUGAGGCCAGAUCGUCCUCCUGUGCCGUUGUCACGGGCCACAAAAAUCAGCGCAACUCGUGAUGGGUCUGGUAAAGAAACCCACCAUGGCCACAGAAAACACACCUCUGCGACAAGCAGACGUAGAGAUACGAGCCAAGAUCGUCAAAAAAGAGGCAGAAGUAUAGACAGAAUUCGGGCAUUGCCUGGAGUUUCUCAAAAGACACAGCUGAGGAGAGAUGAAAGUUAUGAUGGCAGUGACAUAGGGCAAGAUGUGAGGUUUAUAAACAUCUCAGAUGAUGAUGGGGCAUCGUCCAGGCUAUCUGAUGGGAAAGAUGAGAGAAGAAGGCUGCAGAUGAUCAACCCUGAGCAGCUGUUAAAAGAAAGUCAGGAAAGUGAUUACAAUAAAGUGUAUGAGGUGAACCUACAUGCCUGUGAAAUAGGCCAGAUAAAUUUUCUGGACCAGUUUAAGAAGUUGCGUGUCCUAGACUUAUCUUGUAAUGAGAUUGAAAAGAUAGAGAAGUUGGAAAAUAAUCAGGAUUUACGAGAACUGAAACUUUAUGACAACAAGAUCAAGACAAUUGAAAACCUUGACAGGUUAAAAGACCUGUGUCAUUUACAGUUACAACACAAUAAAAUACGGACUGUCGGGAAGGGCUUAGGUUACCUGAAGAAACUAAAGAUAUUAAGACUGGAUAACAAUCAGCUUUUGAAGAUAGAGCCAUCAGAGCUAGCGGGUAGUUCUCAAGUCACCACUCUAGAUGUUAGCAGUAAUAAGCUGGACAGUCUCACAGCAUUAAACAGCUUACCAAAUUUGGAGGAGCUGUAUGCUACAAAUAACAGGCUGAAAGCCCUGAGUGAUUUGGGUCGUUGUCGUAAACUGCAGGAGGUAGAUCUGUCCUGUAACAGGCUCACAGAUCUGUCCGGCCUGAAGGGUCUUCCUCAUUUACAGAUCCUGAAUGUCUCUAGUAAUCAUUUGACAUCUCUCAAGGAAGUUGGCAAAUUAAAAUGCCUGCAGGAAUUGUCUUUGUCAGACAACAAAUUUGAUAAUGUGUCUUCCUUCACUGAUCAGUUUCCUAACCUGGAAAUAUUGAACAUCAGCAAUAAUAAAUUGCAAGAUUUAGACAAUGUGAUUGUGUUGAAAGACCUGUUGUCAUUGGUAGAGCUAUAUGUGAGUGGUAACCCAUGUACAGACCAGGCAGGCGGCGGUCAUCCUGACAUACACACAGCAUUGCCACAGCUGGAAAUCCUGGAUGGGGUUACACUGAAGAAGUGGUCUGGUACAUCAUCUGCACCUUUGAUGCGGCCCAUGUCAGCAUCCUCUGUUGUUAGUGUGCGAUAUGUGGAGAACCAGAUGAAAACCUUGAGUGAUGAGCUGCAGUCAUUUGAGCAAUCAUUUGCUAACAGGUUUGAAUUGUUGAAGACAGUGUAUGACAGUUUACCAUCAGAGUCCCCGUCAAGAGCAGCCUCUAGACAAGAAGACCAGUUAGAGAAUGAUAGGCCCAGUACCAGCAGGUGUAGCAGCCGGAGCAAGAUUAAGCUCGCCAUGGAAUUUGCAGCUUCACAACAGUUUUAAGGACCAGUCUCCCAGAUUGGCAACUAACUGAAACAUGAAGAAGCUGUCUAUGCCAUAAUCAAGUCAUCCACACACUGCUCUUCAUGUCCCCAUGCCAUUGGAAGGGGGACUUAGUAAUACUGCUGUGCUGACCAGAUGUGCUGUCAACACGAUACUUUGAAAGAGAAUGAAGAGAUGGCCAAUACCUUGCCAUUGGGGAGAGUGUGGUUGCGAUUGCUUUUUGUGGAGUUUUGUGAUUCAAGAUGGCUGGGACUCAUACUGUGAAUGUGAUAUCAAUGCUGUGAACCAGACAGAUUCAGGCUUCAGUCUUCUGCUGUGCCAUGCUCUCCGUGAAUAAUAAGUGGGACUUGCAUUUUGCUGAGAUCAGUUAUCCAAAGAAGAUUUCCACUGGCCAUCAGUGAUUUCAAGGAGUGAUCAGUUUCAUAAAAUUAGUGUUGAUUUACGUCACAAGUCAUAUGAUCCUUACUUUUGAUGGACUUCAGAAAAUAUGUGCACCUUCUAGUGGAUAACCCUAGUGAAUUUACAGCCCUUUCUUUCAAACUUGCUCCUUAGAGUAUUUCGUACCAACUCAGCUUGUAUUCCCUGUUAGGCAUCUCGAAACUUUGUUUUGGACAUGUCAGAUUAAUUUAUUUGUACACAAUGUGAUUUUACCCUUUAUGUAUAUAUCAUUCUUUAAAAUACACAAUUUUGUGA